UUGGAAAGAGGCCCGAAAAGCCCAGGCACAGCGGGGACUUGCCAGUGCAAGCGGAGUGGGCGUGUGCGCGCGCAAUCUGCCACGGGCCGUGCAAUUUCUCGGUGCCGCGCGGUUUGCGAGCAGUUCGUCUUCUAGCCCGCUUCCUCUGCAAAACCCGAACCAAACUUCCGCGGAUCUCACGCUUGAUCUCCUCCACCCCGGUUUAGGAAUUGCUUCCUAAUUGCUGGAAAAAGGUGUAUCCGUGAUGGCGAGUGUGCUAUCCAGGAGGCUGGGGAAGCGGUCCCUGUUGGGCGCCCGCAUUUCUGCACCCCCUUUGCUGGGGGAUGGGAUGCUGAUGACAGCUCAGGUUCAUCCCCUGCAGCCAGAACACACCAGAGUGUCUUCACAUCAGAGCACCCUUUCAUAUGAGGAUGGACACUUCAAGGAACACGUUGAAGCCUCUGGCAAUCAGAACCAAAAUUGGCCAGUGCUACAACCUGGCCAAAAGGUAUAUGUCUUUUACAACGGGCAAGAGAGUGCUGGGCUGGUGGAGUACCAUGACCCGGUCAGUCACGAAGUGAAGGUGUUGCUCCCGGAAAAAGGUUUUUAUGUCACUAGGAAAGAUGAAGAAGUGAGACUGGCUGAAGUUGUGAUGUCACCUCUCCCCAAACUGGAGAUGGACCAUGGAACCCCUACAACAAUGGAUUAUAGUCCGGUUCCUGUGGUGAUGGAACACUGCACCUCUGCAGCAGACUUUGCUGUGACAUCUGCUUUGAGAUCGGUUUCUAGGAAUAUUGAUGUACCAAAAAGGAAACCAGAUGCUGCAGUGGAGAUGGAUGAGAUGAUGGCAGCAAUGGUGUUAACCAGCUUAUCCUGUAGCCCUGUGGUGCAGAGUCCCCCUAACAAUGAGGCCAGCAUCUCAACAUCCCAAGCAACCUGUGAUGCCUGGAAAGAAAGUGGUGACAUGUCAGAUGGCGGGAGCAGUACCACAAGUGGGCACUGGAGUGGCAUCUCCACCCCUUCUCCCCCACACUCAGAGGCCAGCCCCAAGUACUCAAACGAGGCCUUCAGUUCUCCUCGGGCUGAUGAUGGCUUUGAAACAGAUUCUGAUCCCUUUCUCUUCGAAGAGCCUGCUCCAAGGAAAAGGAAGAAUUCAGUGAAAGUGAUGUACAAAUGCUUGUGGCCCAGCUGUGGCAAAGUCCUUCGCUCCAUUGUUGGAAUUAAGAGGCAUGUGAAGACCCAGCACCUGGGAGAUGGUGCCAACUCUGACCAGAGAAAACGAGAAGAGGAUUUCUACUACACUGAGAUGCAAGUGAAGGAGGAGGCACUUCCGGAGUCUUUAGUAGUUGCUCCCAAUCCCACUGCAGGUUCCUCUCCUAUUGUCAUCCAACAGGCUGCCUCUCAGCCAGAAACUCUUAUUCUGGAUCAGGCAGCCCCCUUGGAGUCUCAUCUGCCCAGCAGUGCCCUCAGCCAGUCGGCCCCAAGUUCUUUCUGGCACAUCCAGGCUGACCAUGCAUACCAGGCUCUGCCAUCUAUUCAGAUUCCUGUAUCCCCGCACAUAUUCACCAGCAUUAGCUGGGCUGCUGCAACCUCAACCAUCCCCACUCUCUCACCGGUGCGAAGCCGGUCUUUGAGUUUCAGUGAACAGCCACCCCCGCCUCCAGCGCUGAAAUCCCAGCUGAUUGUUGCAUCCCCCCCAAGAGCACCCAGUGGCACUAGGAAAGUCCGUGGCGAAGCCAAAAAGUGCCGCAAAGUUUAUGGCAUCGAGCACCGAGACCAGUGGUGCACAGCCUGCCGGUGGAAAAAAGCAUGCCAGAGAUUUUUGGACUGAGAAGGAUGUACCUGCAUUCACACCCCUUUCUUGUGGGAAGUCUCAGAGGGCUUUCUCUCUUGCAGUAACCCAAGAGCAAAUAGCCAGAUUUCUGUAUUUUGGCCACAUCCAGGGCUCUGUCGUCUUGGAAGCAAUUCCUGGUGCUUUGGCAGAAAUCUCGCGAGCCACGUGUUUAUCCCAAGCUCUGUAUAGUCUACAUCUGCCAGGUUUUCUAACGUUCAGUGUUUUGUGGGAAAGCUUUUUCUACACGAUUUUUUUCUUUUUUUUUAAAAUGACAAAUAACACAGCCUCCCUUUCUAUCUGUAAAUAAGGAGGACAAAGGAAAAAAAAAGCUGAUUGCUUGAUCUAUCUUACAGACUUGUUCCUAGGUGGGUCCAGGGACCAAAGAACUUUGAUCUGUGUAGGGUGAGGUUGGCUGUGUGGUUGGAUCAAUGACUGCAAUAUGGAGGGGAAGCAACUGUUUCACCUCCCCUGAAGUCACAUAACCAUUUAGAGAGUGCAAAAGGAGGGACAGGAAGGGAGCUAUUAGCAGUUGCUCUACUAAUGGACACUCUGUUUCCCUGUUAAUCCUCGGAUGCCCGCACAGGAAUUAGCCAUUUGCAUCCUUAAUGAGCACUGCUUUUUAUUUUGCUUUCUUUAGUUGCUGUUGGGAAACAAUCUUUGCUUUAAAUUGCAGGACUCCAAAUUCCAAAUAACCCUGAAGUGGAAGGAACGUAAACAUAAUCUGGAUUUUCUUAGCAAGUGUAAACCCCAAAACAAAUGCAUUCUGUAGGAGUCUUAGAGCUAUUGACUGAUGUAACUGGUGGUUUAAGAUGCAUCUUGAGCAUCUGCAAUGCAACUUUUAUUACCUGGAUACCAGAGGAACAUCACAAUCUCCCCAUUUCCACUCUACUAUGCGGCAGUAAAUUAAAGUUCUUCCUACUGUAUUUUUAAACAAGAAUCUGGGUCACUCUUGGCUUUCCCAACAGUGGGAAUGUUUUCUGGAGUAUGAAUUUGACUUGUACAUAUCAUAUUUUUAGUGAUACAGCUGGGAUCUUCCCCCCUUACAACUGUGCAUUCGUCUGUCUUUAUUAAUUGGCUCCCCAAAUCAGGCCCAUUUUCUAGAGAAGAAAUAGAUGUUUAAUUAUUAAUUGAGUUUCCGAUGAAUGGUAACGUGUUUGGAGAGCUUCAUUUCUCUUCUAAUUAUUGUAGGAGCCAACAAGUAAUGAGCAAAGAAGCAAAGCGCAUAAAAACCCAUGAUUAUGCUCUUCCUUCCUCUUCAGGGUCAGCCCACCUUAUGCCAGCAGUCUAAACCUUUGAACACCAAGUGAAUCAGCAUUCCAAGUUUUGCAUAUGAGAAAGCCUGAGCUGUUUUGUAGGGCAUGCUGGUCCAUGUUCAGUUUCUUGGAAUGCCCAUUUAUUUUGUCCUGCCGCCCCAUUCAUUGUUUCCAUCCCAUCUUUCUGGCCACUGAGUGACCUUAGAUCCACUGUCUAUAAUCCCAGUAUCUCAGGAUGUAGUUAGAAGAGAAAGAAAUUGGAAAUUGGGAGGGACACAGAGAUAUGCUGGAAAUAGCACUUGAAGACAAGCCAACAUUCUCUUAGAAUUGAUUGGGAUUUGAUGAGUACAAUUUUCAAAGAUACUUGAGUCAUCUGGGGAAAAAUGAGCAUUUUCCAAAUUUUUUUUUUGGGGGGGAUUGAAAUAAUAACCAAUAAUUCCAUCAUUAUAAACUUAUAUUUCCUUCAUGACCUAUUGGCCUCAAAAACCUGAAAAAUUGUAAUAUUCUAUCCCUCCACCAGAUUUCUGUCUAACUUCUUGUUAUAACUGAGUUUGGGUUAAACUACAAUGUGAGACAGUGGAAUUGGAAAUGGUUGCCUGCUCUCCCAACAUACUUGUUUUACCUUUACACUUAGUGUUAGUUGUAUCAUCUACACAAGGAACUGUGUAAGUCCAAAGUAUGUUAGCCAAGCUGUACAAUUAUUCCUUUCAAUUUCUGUGAUUAGCAUGUAUAUGUUAGAUUCAUAUAGACAGAUUUCCUUGCAAAUAUUGUCUUUCUCUCUCUCUCUCUCUCUCUCUCUCUCUCUCUCUCUCUCUCUCUCUCUCUCUCUCUCUCUCUCUCUCUCUCUCUCUCUCUGGUUAUCUGAUGGCAUGAAGGUAGGCCAGACAGGAUCUCAGUAGGAUGGGAGAAUACAGUCCAGUAAACCAAGUGUUAGAUGGAUGUUGCAAUGGGUGGUAGUUAGCCAUAUGCCAUCAACAUAAUAGGCAGGGCUGAAUUUUUGAGGCAGUUGGGUAUUUUAAGGAGUGUUAUGGGUGCCUUGGCAUCUGUUGGCCUAAGCCAUGCAUUUCUCUUCUUAAAUUUCCCAAAUCAAUUAAAAUGGAUCUGAAUUUUUCAGCCCUGCCACGCAGGAGGGUGGGGGCUCUCAGGGCUGCAGAUGAUGUGUUGGAGGUGUGUGGAAGUUUACAUUCAAAGUUGGCAAACUCAAAAAUGCAUGAUCAUAGGUGGUGCAAUGCUGCUUCAGUGGCAAGCCUAAUUAAAUUUGAUGGCUAGCUUCACCAUGGAAGUCAUUGUCAUGCUAUCAAAGAGCCAUCAGUUUGUCUGAUGGGGAAAUCUGUUCCUCCAUUUCAGAAGUCAUGUGGCUUGGUUUGUUUUCAUUUUGCAGAUGUAAAAUGGCAACACCAAUAGUAAUGAUAAUGGAAAUGGAAAAUGAGGUAUAUUGGGUAGGUAUUUACAUUGUUUUGAAGUUGAUUCUCUGCCUCUUUUCUCCCCUUCCCCGAAGCGUUUUGAUAAUCAUGAGCCAUAAACUAAAGAGAUAAACCUCUUUCUGUAAAAUAGUAACUGAACUAUAUGUCCUGGAGAAUUAUAAUUUCCUUAUAUAAAAAUGUGAGCCCUUUUAUCUUUCUUUGAGGGUACUUUAAGGGAUGGGUGGAAGAGUUUGAAAAGGAAUUAUGUAUAUUUUUGGUGCUUGUUGAUUGCUUUUUUUUUGUAAUCUUGUGCAUAAUAUUCACAGUAUGUCAGAUUUUAUUUUUCUAGUCUGGACAUCAGAUAGAUGCUUAACUGAUCUUGUAAUUAGUUACAAAUUAAUUUGUACAAAUUGCAAAUUAAUUUUUUGAAAAUUAAAAUCGAACUCAGAUUUAUAUAGUGCAAAUUCUGAAUAGGGAAUUUGGGAAUAUUGAAGUUCAGAUAAGAGGUAUUACAAUUGAAGCUUCAGGCUUGCAAUAAAAUGUGGGAUUUUUAAAAUGUGUUGCUUGGGUCACAAUAGUCUGAUUUCAGUGAAAAUAUCUUAGAACUUUAAAAAAUGAGGAGCUUGUCUUUGAAAAUCAUGCCCCAUGCCAAAAUACUAAUGGAAAUUUGGGGGGAAAACUCCCAGAUGAAAUAUUAGUUUUAGCUUCAGGAGAAACUACAAGUCUUUUCCUCCCCAUUUGAGAUACAUUUCUCUCACUUCUGCAGCUCUAGUUCAAUGAGAUCUUGGGAAACAUUGAAAGGGGUUGAUACCCUCCCUUCAAUAAAAGCAAGGAUUGUUGAACAGAAGUUCUUGGUCCUCAUAGACAAACCUGGCCCUUUAAAAACUACAAGUUGACCUCAUCAAGGACGACCCAUUACCAAGAUACGAGUUUACUAGGAUUAGUGACUAGGGCACACAACCUUAGGCUGUGUUGCAGGAUGCGGGAGGGCCUUGACCUACCAGCCUGUUUCCCAUUACAGCCAGUUCAAUAGAAUUGCUACUGUGGACCAACCAUCUUGGUUUAGUUGUUUGAGUGAUGGUCUCUGCUAAGGAAAGCAGCCAGUUGUCAUUUAUGGAAUCAUGAUUUAGCAAAUGGAUGAAUGGUCUGAUUUAACCAUCCAAGAAGAUGUUGCUCAAAUUAGAUUAUUGAUGCCAUUGGCUCAGAACUUCUCUGCUCUCACAAAUCAGCCAGAUUUCUCUCUCUCUUUUUUUGGCAUCCAUUCUUCCUCCUGACCAACUUUUUGCUGCUUCUUUCUGUUCCCUAAUCCAGAAUCUCUGGAUUUCUCCAAUGGAAGUACAUCAUCUGCAACUUCCAAGCUAGAGCCAUUUAUAUUUGGAGGUUUGGGGCAAUGCAGUUGCUUUUUCUUUAUGGACUAAACUAUAAAACAUAAAACACUUGGGCGAUCUGAUGGAGUUGAUUCCUAUAAAUCCUCUUAAUAAAAAGAAAAUAUUAAAAAUACAUAAAUGGGCAAGGACUUUGAAAUUGCUCACUUUGAUGAUAGCACUGCAUUGCUCUGAUUUUCCAUGGCUAUCGGAGGCUUAAAAUAUUUUUUAAAAGGGAGAUUUUGGCUGCUUUUCUGCAGCUGCGUUCCUUCAAGCUCACGUUAGUAACUCUCUAGGUGGCAUAACUUAUAGGCCAAAGCGAUAAGAUGCAAAGCCAAUCUGUUGCAAGUUGACGAUCUCCAAAUAAUUCUUAACGGGAACCUGUGAAUUUCAAAGCCAUCUCUCCUCAAAUUCAAAUUCCAUUUUUGACAUUGAAUAUUGAGUACUGAGAACUAGGCUUGAUUAAAAUUCAGUCCCCCAAAGUAACAUUAAAGUUUGAAAAUCCCAACAUUUUUAACUGCUCCUUCUGCUUCAGCCAUCCUGGUAUGGGUGGAUCCUUCUAUCAGAGUAAAAUUGUUUCUCUUCUGAUUUAGGAGAGGCACCUCUUAAUUUUGUGUUGAAUCAGGAGAGAGUAGUCAAUGAGUAUCUUCAGAUUGAGAUUUAAAGAUCAGUUCCUUCAGUGGCAAAAGUCGGGGUCUUAUGCUUACAAAAAGCAGGGUUUUUUUUGGGGGGGGGAGGGUAGCUGUUGUUAGAAUGUGAUUAAAAAGUUGUAGGGAGAAAAGGCCCUAUAAAAGAAUAAGCAGCGAAACACUGAAGCCUCUGGAUCAACGUUUCUCAUCCUUGGCUAGUUUAAGAUGUGUGAACUUCCAACUCCCAGAAUUCCUUGACCAGCAUUGGUGGCUAGGGAAUUCUGGGAGUUGAAAUCUUAAAAGUGUUCAAGGUUGAGAAGCACUGUUCUGGAAUAUAGGAUAUCCCUGUUAUGCUAUGACAGAUUCUUGGAAAAAGUGUUACUCCUUUUACUACGGUGUCAAAGGAAUAUGUGCCAUUUGCUGAUGAGGUUAGGAGCAUAACCGUGUCCAAAGCAUGCAGUCAGUGCUGUCCUCUUUUUUGAACAAAAAGCCAGACUUUUUCAAAUGCCUCAUUUCCCCCCCCCCUCAAAUUUAUAGCACUUAAUUUUGGAGAGUGAAAAGAAAAGCUAGCCUUCCAUGGGAAUAUAUUUGUUACCAGUAUUUUUUAAAAUAGGACAUGUUUUAACCCUUCUCUUUUUAUUUCAUGAGCUAUGCGGUACAAUUAGACUGGACAAUGUAUGUCAGUGAUUUUCUUUUUUUCUUUUUUUUUCUGUAUUUGUUUUUUAACCAAGAAACUUUGGAAUAUAAUUCUCGUCCCUCCUUCACCCUAAAUAUAACCUCCCCACAGGAAGGGAAAGUUGGAAGGAAGCAAUUUUAGGAAAUACUGCUUCCUAAAUAAUGAUGUUGUAAAUGUUGUAUUUGCAGUGGAGACCAUCCUGUUUUCCCUUCAUAGGAAGAACCUCAUUUCUUGGGGGCAGCCAUUUUGCAAGGGCGGCCUGUAUAUGUCACUGGUCCACAUUGUCAGUUGAAGAAACUGAGGUGCUCUGUCUUAAGUUCAUUUCUGCCUCUUCUGCUCACAGGAUUGUCUGUUUCCCAACAUUUGCCCUUUCUUGCAAUAGGCCAAAGAGAGAAUGAAAGAGAUCCCUAUCUGUAUCCAAGCCACUACUUUUUAUUCUUUUAUGAACAUUAAAAAAAAAUGCUUGCCAUUUCACAAAUGCAACUGAGACUUUUCUCCUGACUUUGAAAAUAGCAAAAGAAAGAGUUUUUGGUUAUUUAGACCACGGGUCUUCAACCUUGGCAACUUUAAGCCUGGAGGACUUCAACUCCCAGAAUUCCCCAGCCAGCUUUGCUUGCUCCUUUUCCCUAUUUUUGUCCAGCCCAGUCUUUCUGAUUACUUGAAACAAGGCUAGUUUUUUCUGUUGGAUUUGCACGAAACCUGUGGGUAGUGAGUGGACACACUCCCUGUCCUCCUAGGAGCAUAACUCACUUCCUGGGUCAAUAGGAUGCAUCAGGACCCUAUCAAGUGCAGCUUCCCCAAAUAAGGUCACUAAGGUUUGUUUUUAUUACUGAAUUAAGAACGUUAGUGUAUUUCUGAUGCCAGAAGAUUUUAGCUUUAAUAUAGUAAUCAUUCCGUGAUCCUCUUGUCUGAGUUAACGAGUGGUGCAGUCUUUAAUUCUUCCAUUUUGAUUUUAGUUACUUUGGAUUACAGCAGCAUUUCUCAACUUUAAGCUGUGAGGACUUUAAGCAUGCUGGGAGUUGAAGUCUACAUAGCUUAAAAGAUGCUGAGGUUUAAAAAUGCUGGAUUACAGGAUUGAUUUCUAAAUCUUAUAUCCAUUUUUCAAAAAUUAACUCGAAGAUCUAAGAUCUGCAAAUACCACUGUGGGCUGCGUUCUUAUUAUUUUUUUGGGGGGGAAGGGGGAAAAAUUGUGACUUGUGCACACAUAUAUAACCAUUUUAUUAGCGCUAACCGGGGCCUAUUUUCUAUUCAUGCUGUGCACUGUGAACCCUCAAUUUUGUUAUUUCAAACAAAACCCACCCAUGUUAUGUAGCAAAAUCAGCAUACUGGAAAUACCACCAACCAGGUGUCCCAUCUGCUGGGUCGGACUCCAGCUCCCAUAAUUACUAAUUAGCAUGGAGACUGGGGAUGAUGGAAACCAAAACACCUCAAUGAGGUUUAGAUGUAGAACUCCAAAAUCCAAUUACGGUAAUUUUAUGUGUCCAAAUUAAAAAAACAACUCUUUGCUUUCAAAUAGGAGAAAUGGAAUUGAUUUCCAAAUAAAAGGGCUUAUAUGAUUGCACAACGGUGUAUAUAUAUAUGUGUACUGAGUGCAGAUGUGUGUGAGUGCCAUGCCUUGUUAGGCAUGUGGAGACAGUUUGCCAGCUCAUCGUCUGGGAUCAACAUGCAAUUCUAGGCAGAUAGGGUUCUCCCCUAAAUCUGAAUGCACACAUUAACUCCAGUGCAGGGUAGAGAACUAGGAAACUAUUUGGGUCUUAUCAUUCUGCUUUUACAUAGAGCAAGGGUCUCCAACCAUGGCAAACUUUAAGCCUAGCAGACUUCAACUCCCAGAAUUCCCCAGCCAGCAAACCUGGCUGGGGAAUUCUAGGAGUUAAAGUCUGCCAGACUUAAAGUUUGCCAAGGUUGGAGACCUCUGACAUAGAGCAACACAAAGUGAAGAGGAAGCCCCAGAGCUAGCUGCCUGUUAAGAUCAAGAUUAAGCCUGUUCAAUCCUCAGUUGUUAAGAUCUCCUUAAAAGCCAUUACUCGGUUGGUUUUCUGAGUUUGAGAUUGGUGAGCCUGGCUUUUUGAACUUCUUAAGCAUGAGAGAUUUUGGGAAAAAAAGGAAUGAAGGUAGGAGUGGCUGGAUAGUUCUUGUAAUCUGCAAACCGCUGCUCUUUUGAUGGUGAUAUGCUGUCAAGCCUAAGGGGAAGGGGAAAUCUGUUGUAUCGUGAAUUGCUAUCUAAUUGGAGCUUUUCUUUUGAUUGUCUUCCAAGUAUUAUUUUUUAUUGUAAACAAAAAAUGUGAAAUGUAAUUUUUACAACAGCAAUAUGAAAUAUAUUUUAUAAUAAAAGGAUAUGGCCUGGUA